AUGUCCACUGAUGACACUAUCAGUGAAAGCUGUGAGCAAUUUAACGCAAGUGAAACCUUAGCCGAUGCAUUAGAAGACUCUAAAGCUGAAAUAAACACUGAAGAAUGUGUAUACUCUUAUCCCACAUUAUUUACAAGUAGAACUUUAUUAGAACUUUCAAACUCGUCGUGGUCACGUUCAGUAAAAGCUCAUGACGAUAUUCAGCCAUAUUUGCGAGGUUGCAAAUGGUCACCAGAUGGCACAUGUUGCUUAACAGUGGUAAAUAAUGAUGGGGUACAUGUUACUGAACUUCCUAGGGAGCUGUACUCUGGAUCCGUAACCCCUGAUCGAAUGAUAGACGUCCUUGAUUCAAUAAUUCACGUUAAAGAGGCUGGUUUAAUUUAUGAUUUUUGUUGGUAUCCUGGUAUGAAUAGUAGCCUACCUGAGACAUGCUGUUGGCUGACAACCAGGCAAAAUGCACCAGUUCAAAUGUGGGAUGCUUUCAAUGGUUCAUUACGUUGUUCAUAUAGGGGAUUUAAUGCUGUGGAUGAGAUGGAACCAGCCAUAUCUGUCACAUUCUCAUAUGAUUCAAAUAGAAUAAUAGCUGGAUAUAAAAAGGUGUUGAGAACUUUUGAUGUGGAGAGACCUGGCCGAGAGUUUGCAGAACAUAAAAUCUCUAGUCCUGCUUCAUGUUUUGCCAUGAGUGACAAUUUAUUAGCUGUGGGCUCAUGGAAUACUACCAUUAAUUUGUAUAGUAUAACUGAGAUGGGUACUUACAAAAGCAUAGGAAAAAUGCAUGGUCAUGCAAGAGGUGUAACUCACUUGAAAUUUGCUCCAGAUGGUCUCAGACUAGUAUCAGGCGCUCGAAAAGAUCACAGGCUUCUAGUAUGGGACAUCAGAUAUUACCGUAGACCACUUAACAUAUUGACCAGGGUUGCUGAUACAAACCAAAGAGUCUAUUUUGAUAUAUCACCUUGCGGAAAAUAUUUGGUUUCUGGGGGAACUGACGGUGUUGUUAAAGUUUGGGAUAUUAAUCAUGUGGAUUGGAAGUCCAGUAUAGAUGUAACCGAUGAAAGGAAUGACAAUUCUACUUAUAAGUUUCCACUGCACAAAGAUUGUUGUAACAGCGUGUCAAUACAUCCGUGUCGACCCAUCCUUGCAACAGGAUCUGGACAGUACCAUUUCAAAGAUCCCAUAAAAAAUAUGGAUAUUAAAACUGAAAAUGAUGGAAAUGAUGAACAAAGUUCUGAUUCAAACAGUGGGGAUAGACUGCUUCGAGAAUAUGAUGAAACUAUAAACACUGGUGAUAAACAGGUGUCUUUUAAAAAUGAUAGUAAAUUAAAUAGUGGUAUAGAUAUGAAAUAUUCAACAAUCAGUGAAAAUUCUUUAGUAUUUUGGUGGGUUGGUGAUAUAAAUUUAACAGACAAUUAG